AUGCCACAGAGCAAGCCAGACUUCAUCGCCUUCUUCUGCACUUUCGCACCGCCCUGUGCCGGGGGGCAGACGCCGGCCAUCGACAUGCGAGCAGUCCUUGCCGAUCUUCCCAGCGACCUCCUCCGGCGCUUUUUGCCGGGUCUGCGCUGCUCCAUGAACCUACCGCCAGUGCCGGGGGUGUACUUCAUCCCCUCGCAGUUCGACCCAGGCCGUUUCGGCUUCAGGCGUAUCGGUCGCAGCUGGCGCUUCUUUGGUGCACAACCAGGGGAAGCAGCUGCUGCAGCAAUGACGCCAGAGGCGAUUCGCGAUAUCGGUGACGACGUCGUACUUGACUGGCGGAACGGCUGGAUGCAGCGCUUUGCCGCCAUGCCGGCGGUGGCACCGCACCCUGUCACCGGCGAGCGCUUGUGGACGGGCUACAAUCCAAAGUUCCAUUGGGCUGGAGCUUUUGCCCAAUCCCUCUUCGAUGCCGCCUUUCAUAACCGGACAACUCGGCAAGUCGUCGUGACCACGAUCUUGGCCCUCAUUACCGGGGUCUUCUCCGUGCUCAGACUUCUGACCUGCGUGCCGGGGAUAGGGCUGCUUUUGCCACCGUUCUUGAGAUCCCCUGGUCUCUCUUCGACUGCGUUGGCCGAUGGAUCAGCGGUCUCUGCGUGGGAUGUUUUUCGAAUCGUCCGAUGCUACAAUGCGAACAUGCUCACCUGGUCUUGGCGCCCUGGUCAGUUUGUGGUCUUGGACAAUCACAGAUUUGGCCAUUUUCGCACACCCUUCGACCCAGGGUACAAGCGGGAGGUGUACACGAUGUUUGGCUCACGUCGCGAGAGUUGA